AUGAAGAUCGAAACAGUACGAGAUGCUUUCAUUAGCGAUUACGAGGUUCUGCAGUUUUUGUCUCAGCUGGAACGUAGACAUGAUUGGAAUUCUGACGGCGAUGUGAACAUGACAGACAAAAAACGCAAACGCAGACCUUAUAACCACCCAGAAUUGCAAGCCAUCACCAGAAACACUAUCAGAUAUCUUUCAGAGGCGAAGGGGGCUGGCGAUGGUGAGGAGACGGAAGAAGGUGCGAAAAAAGAGGCCAAGUCUCCGCUCACGAAGAUGAACGAUACCAAAUUUUCCACGCUAAUGAACCAGCUAAAUGAGUUUUCGCUGUUCAAAGCAGAAAAACUGCAGAUCAUGAACCAGAUGCCCUCCAAUCUGGUGCAUUUGUACUCGAUAGUGGAGGAGUGCGAUUCGCGGUUCACUUCGGAGGAAACAGAAAAAAUGAUAACUGCGAUUCAACAGUUCUGCUAA